UGUGGUGGGGCUGGGGGCUGAACAUGGCCCCCUGUCUCCAGCCUGACUCCUCCCCAGCUGGCAGCCCCCUUGGUCUGAUAUGUUUGUCCCUUUUGCUCAUCCCUGCUGCAGGUGCCUCCUCCCACUAGCCCCAGUCAGAGUCUCACCCUUUUCCAAGCAGGACAAGCCACUUGUGUCCUGAGAGCCACUGGGGUGGGGCUGGGGGCACGACCUGAGGUCAUCCACAGGCAGGUGACUGGCUCCUGGUCUUGUGGCCUUGUUUCCGCAGCUGGAACCUACUGUGAAUGCAGCCUUGGCCUCAGCCGUGAGGCCCUUAUUGCCCUCAUUGUGGUACUGGCUGGUGUCAGUGCCAGUUGCUUCUGUGCACUCGUUGUUGUGGUGAUUGGUGUCUUUCGGGCCAAGGGGUGCGUGAGCUUGGGGUUGGGCGCAACGGGAGUGGGGCCAUGCUACUGGCCCUGGGCUGUUAGCCAUGCCUUGAGGGGCUUCUUCCUGGGGUGGUGUGUCAUGAAGGGCUGGGGGUAAUAUUUUCCAGGGUGUGUGGGGUAUGGGAGUUCCAGGAAGAGGUUCCAGGGGGCUUCCAGGCAUGUGGGAAGAGCAUUUCUACAGAAUUCACACCUGCCUUUGUCCCCCUCAGUGAUUCGUGCCCCGGACACACGGAAAACAGGUAAGCGCACCAGGAAAAGCCUCAAGGGUGAGCUGUGUUCUCUCUCUGCCUGCUCCUGGAAGUAGAGAUCACAGUUGCAUCCAGAGCAAUGUCCUCAAGGGCCAGCUUCUCUUGGGUGGCCAAGGCCCUGCCAGAUCAUGCUGACACAGCCCAUCAUGCAGGUUGAUAGGGCCCUUUGGGGUCCGGGCAGAUCGCAUGGACCUGCGCUCGGUGCACAUGGAGUCCCGCCUCAUGGACCGUGACCUGGAGGUAUCCAUGAUGCCGACCUUGGACAACCAGGGCCUCAUGACCAUUCCCAUGGAGGUUCCUCUAGAGGAGCCUCCUCCACCACCUCCACCUCCUCCACCACCACAGUAGCGGAGGGCAGCUAGGCUGGGGAAUUAAACAGUAUUUAGUGAUUGUGUGCUGUCCUUCUUGCAAGUCCCUCGAGGUAGUGUUUGUCAUAGAUCACGGAAGGUGUCUCCACCCAGGGGCAGAGCCAGGGUUUUCAGCUCCUAGCCCAGCUGACCAGUUCAGCUUUUCUCAGCUGAACCUUCCUACUGUUGGCCUUACAAAGAUGACUGACCCUGGGCCCUUCCUGCUUCCCAGAUUUCCCAAGACAGGACCUGUAGCUAGCAAGUCCAAAGGGAGCUACAUUGCCCAGACUUGAGCCAGCACUCCUUUCUAUUCAAGGGCUCCAAGGGGGAGAGGGUUGGGUACACUCCCUCUUUUGCCUUAGGUUUGCCAUCCCUCCUACACUUUUAAGGUCUUUCCUUUGCACUUAUACCUCCACCAAUCCUGUCAAGGGACUGGACAGACUCUAUAGGGUCUUUUUGCUGAAAAGGGAUGAAAUUGAGACUGGGGUAUGGAGCAAGGCAUUGUGGGUCACAUUCUAUGUGGAGCUGGUGGGUUUGACCCUGCUCUUUAGGUCUCAGUGGGGGCGUCCAGUGGUCUCAUCAGCUCCACUAUGGGCUCAGAGCCAAGCCAAGACGAGCCCUGGACAGGUGGUUGGCAGUAUUGGGCUUUGGCUCUGUGCCUAGCCCCCGCCCAAGGCAAGGAACCAGUUGUGGGACCGAAACUGUUGUGCUCGGGCAGGAGAGUUAAUACUUCUGUAGGUGAGGAAGGGACAAACUCCGGGUCAUCUGCGUUCCGAAGCCGCACAGGGAUCUGGGUCCCCUUGUCUUCUCGAACAGCCCUCAUGCGGGGCUCUUUUUUCUUGCGGCUUCUGCCGCAACUGUCUCUACUGCUGCUGCUGUCCUUGAGGCGAGUCUGGACACAGGAGCAGGCUGGAACUGCCCCUUCCGGAUCCCCGGUGGUCCCUGAGUGCCCCGAGGCAUGUUCAUGUUCACCAGGUGGCAAGGCCAAUUGCUCCGCACUCGAGCUGCCCACGGUACCAGCGGGCCUGAGCUGGAGAGUAAGCUCACUGCUUCUGGAUCACAAUCGCGUAAGCGCGCUGCCUCCAGGUGCCUUCGCUGGGGCGGACGCGCUGCUAUACCUAGACCUGCGGGAGAACCGGCUCCGGUCAGUGCACGCUCGAGCUUUCUGGGGUCUGGGCGUGUUGCAAUUUCUAGACCUGAGCGCCAACCAGUUGGAAACUCUGUCUCCUGGCACCUUUGUGCCGCUCCGCGCGUUGCGUUUUCUUUCCCUAGCGGGUAAUCGGUUGGCAUUCCUGGAGCCUUCGAUCCUGGGCGCGCUCCCAUUACUGCGCGUGCUCAGCCUGCAGGACAAUUCACUGUCUGCGCUCGAGGCGGGUUUGCUGAAUAGCCUGCCCACGCUCGACGUGUUGCGCUUGCGUGGCAACCCCUGGGCAUGCAGCUGCGCGCUGCGUCCGCUUUGCACCUGGCUGCGCAAGCACCCGCGUCCCGCUUCAGAAACUGAGACCCUGUUCUGCGUGUCUCCAAGACGCCAGACGCUCAGCCUACUGACAGCCUUUCCGGACACGGCCUUCAGACACUGCGCUCAGACACUCGCAGCGCGAGACCUGGCGGUGGUAUACGCUCUCGGGCCGGUCUCUUUCCUCGCCAGUCUGGCCAUCUGCCUGGCAUUGGGCUCCGUGCUCACUGCCUGUGGUGCACGGCGGCGCCGCGGCCGCACCACGGUACGCCCCUUACUAAGGAGACCGCUGGACCCCGAGGGUCCAACCUCCCAGGAGGAUGCUGGGAGCCCUGCAGCGGCUGCAACUCAAGCCUAAGGGGGCUGCGGU